ACAAGCUCCUCACAGCGAUAUCCUGUUCGCGGCUCUCUAUUACUAUCGCUGCCACCGAGAGUGUAACGAAGGUGUGUCACGCGCUGGGAAAGGAGCUUGGCAGCCAUAGAAAUAGACAUUAAUACGGGAUAUUGCUGUGAGGAGCUUGAUUUUGCGGCCUGCAAGGAACUCGGAGAGUGAAAAACGUCAAAUCAUGCCUCUUCUUGUUGGUGAACAGUUGGUGGAAGAAGAUGUUACUAGAGUACAAGCUUUCUUAAACAAAUUCUGCAUCCUAAAGGCAUCAUCAAAGGUCCUUUGCAAUCAAGAAAUACGUUCUGUUGGACCAAAUGGUUUACUGUAUGUUGGACAACGGGAGAUUGGUGGAACUUCACCUUCAGAUAAUGUGAUAUCAGUUCUUGGCAGUGAAGAUGCCACUACUUGUCAUAUUGUUGUGCUACAACAUUCUGCACGUCGCCCUGUUCUCCAACCACGGCAUCGACAAGCAUAACUUCAGUGCGGA